AUGUCGCGCUUCCCUCCACGCGCGACAUUCAGCCGCAGCGAGCGUGUCGGCGGCAUCGCACUCGCGCCCCUCGCCGAGUUCCUCUCGCACCUCCACGACGCCCCGCACCUCAUCAAGCUCGCCGACAUACUCGAGCGCUACCGCACGCCCAAGAGCUACCACCGCUUCGACUUCCGCAUCGCCGACUCCUCUGAGCUUCCUCCAAGCCCCGGCGUCGUGGACGACGAAGAGGUGCGCAAGCUGUGGGAGCGCGCGCGCGGGAGUCCGAUCAUCGUCGAUGACGCGACUCCGGGGGAUGGUGUUUUGGCGUCGGCGGCGGAAGAGAAGGCUGAGGGCGAUGAGGCGUGGACGGCGCCAAUGGCGUCAUCGCAGAGACAACGGGCGCAGACGACGGUAUCGCGGAACAUGAUUUCGCAGGCGAGGCGAAUGCCGCCCGGCAAGACGCUGUCCCAGCUGCAUCUGGGUCUAGUGACGCCGCAAUGGCACCGCCGACUGCGCGUGAUGGUCCCACGCCGCCUCGUGGCCAGGCAGAUACGUGCGCGAAACUGGUGGCGCCAAGUGUCGACCUUCCCUCAGAGACCGAUCCACCCCGUUGCUUCACUUUUCCCGCCCCACUUGAUACUGUGA